GAAGACCUCGACCAAGCCAACAAGCUUUCCAAUAGCUUCUUUUCUUUGACCUCCGAAUCACUUGACCAGGGACAAUUCUUUCAUUGACGUUGCAGGUUGGAAGCUCGUCGCGAGCAAACAAAGCCCGAGCAAACAGGCCAAACCCGCCGCCCGUGCGAUCUCCGCAGGAUCGCCGUAAACAGGAUCGCAUUUCCGCUACGCCUCGUUACAUCCGUUCACUCCAUACCCCCUGCAGCUCUUCAAGAUGAUGGACGACGAAGACGAUGACUUCUACGAUCCCGCCGAUACCGUGCCGGCUCCUCAACACCAAAAUGGUGCCCAGAAUCCUCCUGCAGAUAACUAUGGAGAGGAAUAUGAGGAAGAAGAGAUAGAAGUGGAUGAAGAUGAUGAUGACUUCAACAUCAUUACUGAAGCGCCCGCCGAUGCGCCACCUCCAGAAGCCCCACAUCCUCGCCAUGCCAAUCUACGCGCAGAAUCACAACGCCCCUCGUCCGCAGAGUCUCCUCCUGCUCCGAAACCCUCCACCCCCACCCUCACUACUCCCAAAGCUGAAUCCGCCACGCCCGUACCAGCCAGCGCAAGACCCGCUGUACCGGCUGCACCGCAAAGGCCGGGCUCGUCGUAUCCUCCAGUCCAAGUGUCCACAAUCGACGUUCAUGCCAACCCCGUCCACCCGACGACGGGCAAACCCAUUUUACUGACCGACAUGGACGCGGACUUUCCGGAAGACGACAAGCCAUGGCGGCGACCGGGGUCCGAUAUCACGGACUAUUUCAACUACGGGUUUGAUGAGUUCACGUGGGCCAGUUACGUGUUGAAACAGCAGGAGCUGCGCAAGGAUAUCGGGGACCAGAAGAGACAAUUGGACGAUAUGCAAGCUUUCCUGGGGAUGGGUAUGCCGCCGAUGGCCGGUGGUCCACCCGGGCCAGGCGUUCCUCCAAGCAGCGCGGCCCCUCCGAUGCCUGGUAUGCCCGGUAUGCCGGACAUGUCGCCGGAGAUGAUGCAGGGAAUCCUCACGAGCAUGAUGGCGCAAGGCCUGGAUCCCGCCUCGAUGGACCCCAUGACGUUCAUGCAACAUGCCCAGGCGCUCAUGGGCGGGCAAUCCGGCCCAGGCGGCGGACAGCAGGGUCAACCUGGAUUUGGGGGGCAAGGUGGUGGUCAACAGCAGAUGGGUUACGGAGGAGGUUUCGGAGGAGGUGGCCGUGGACGGGGAAGAAGAUGGUAGUUGGAGUUAGGGGGUUUUUCCUCAAAGUAUCAGUCACCUUGUUAUGAUAACGGCUUUGUAGGGGUGGCAUUUUGGAUGGUAGGAUGGAGUUUUAGAAAAUUCCCAGGGUAUAUGCAAUCCAUUAAUUAAGCAGAACCGAGAAGGUUUGGCAGCUCCGGAGUCGGUCUGGCCGGCUCGGGAAAGGGAACGAGCGGGUAAUGAUGUGCCAGACUGGAGAUGCUGGGGUAGUUGUAUGAGUAGGUCUAUCGGGUGGCCGUCCACGCGAGACAGUAUACAGUGGUCUGUCUUCCAAUGUUCAAUGGAAUGCCCUCUCGGAGUGGCCGAAAAACAAAGAAAUGCUCAUAGGAAAGGUCGUGGUGGUGAAGCCCUCGGCAG